GAGAUGGUGACCCAAUGGAUCCCGAAAAAAUCAAGGCAAAGUUAACAUUACCUCAUGAAGGUUUCUCGACAAAAUCUCAAACCCUAGACAUUCAUGUUCCUUGGUCACGAAAUGAGAUUUUUUGUAUAAAUGUAACCACACCACCACCUAAGAUAGUUCUAUUUCCUUAUUAUAAUGUUUAUAUUCGUUGGAAAAAAGUACCAGAAUGUAAUACAAAUACACCCUUAACGAACUUUCAAAUAACUUUAUAUAAUAAUCCAAAAAUUUCCGGAAGUUUUGAAAAACCAAAAGUCAAGCAUGAUUGGUCAAACAAAAUCGCAUCGGAUGUAACAGAAGAUUAUUACUUGUGGAAUGUUCCAUUACUUUACCGAGAUCUAGUAGAGAAUUUCUCGAUAUUUUACAUUAGAAUUGAAUCAGAAACUAUUGUUAAUAGUGGAAUGUAUAUAGCGUUUGGAAUGGCAGGACCAUUUACAAUUUUACAAAAUCCUGAUAAAGAAAAUAAAACCUUAUUUGCAGAAGCUAAUGAUCCGAAAGUUGUGGCACCUACAGUUAUUAGUGAACAA